CUCACACACACUCUCGUUCGCGAGACCUCGUCAUUUGCAGCCUUCGCAAGCUGACACGCUGUGCAGUGUAGUAUGGCUCGAGCGGAACCCAGCGAUGUUACUUUUUCUCAAGGUGGUCGCAUGCUGUUCUACCUCGUGUCGCCGAAUGAAACCUCAUUUUCAGACGUAGGCGCCGUGCCCCGAUACGUGGAGCAGGCUACACCUUUCUUUGUCGGGCUGUUGUUGUUGGAGGUGUUUGUGGGUUGGCUGAAGACCGGAAACCUUCUCUUCAAAGUCAAUGAUGGAACCACGUCUCUCUCAGCGGGGAUGAUAUCUCGUCUGCCUAAUCUCUUCGUGAGAAGUCUGGAGGUGUCCAGUUACAUCUAUGUUUGGAACAACUUCCGCAUACUGGAGCUGCCCUGGGACUCUGCUUGGACGUGGUGGCUGGCAUUUCUUGGUGUAGACUUUGGAUACUACUGGGUCCAUCGAUGCAGCCAUGAACUGAAUAUCCUGUGGGCUGCUCAUCAGGUCCACCACAGCUCUGAGUACUACAACCUGAGUACCGCGCUGCGUCAAUCUGUGACCCAGCAGUGUGCUUCCUGGGUGUUCUACCUUCCAAUGGCAUUGCUUGUCCCACCCUCUGUCUUUGCUGUGCAUAUUCAGUUUAACCUCUUGUAUCAGUUCUGGAUUCACACUGAGCUUAUCAGUGAUCUUGGUCCGCUGGAGUGGAUCCUUAACACUCCUAGUCAUCAUAGAGUUCAUCACGGGCGAAACCUGUACUGUAUUGAUAAGAAUUACGGAGGAACUCUUAUUAUUUGGGACCGGUUGUUUGGAACCUUUGCUCCAGAAGGUGACAAAGUUGUCUACGGACUCACACAUCCCAUCAACACAUUUGAAAUCUUGUAUGUUCAGUUCCACUAUUACACAUACCUGUGGCAGCAGUUCGUCAACGCCAACGGCAUCGCACACAAGCUGUCCGUCAUCUUUAAAGGCCCAAGCUGGGAGCCAGGAAAACCCAGACUGGGCGAUCACGAGAACGUGCCCAAGAUCACGGGUAAGGAAGUGGCACACGAUCCAAAAUGGUCACCUGCGCUGCAAGCAUACGUUCACGCCCACUUCCUGCUUCUGCUGUGCGUCUACAACGACGUGUUUGACACGCAAUACAUGCUGUCACAGACGACUUUGCUGCUCAUGGCCGGCUACAUAUUACUGACGCUCACCUGCCUUGGUUGCAUCAUAGACCAAAGGCCGGCUGUGGCCCUGCUGGAGACGGCACGCUGUGUGUUCAUGAUAGGAUUGCACAGCUUGGGCUUUAUCAACCCUGGAGCUUCACUGCUGGCCCUGGCAACUCGGUUUGUAAGAAGAAUGAGAUGCAGUCCUGAAGAAAUGGCUGUCACUGGAACGCUGUGUGUGGGAGAGCAGAGAGCCUGAUGGGACGCCCUGAAUCCCCACACUCAGCCAUCAGCUACGUUCAAAGACGUCGAGAGGAAAGGGAUUGAUUUUUUUUUCACUUUCUCCUAAAUUUUGUGCCCUGGGUCGGCAGGGGGUUCUCUUCAUGGCAGCUGUUUCAAUCGAGGGGCUGAGGAAAAAAAACCCUGAUCAUAAGAGCUUGUUUUAGCUGCUGGCAGAGGGGAAGAGUUUCUUGAGUUUCUUGAGGAAAUGUGAUAUUUUUUUCCCUCAACUUUUUUUUUCUUUUAGUUCUACUUGCCAUUUCACUCACACAUACUUUUCUUUGAAAACCUUAAGAAUGGAAAAAGUAUCACAUUUCCACAUUUCGAAUUUUUUUAAUCUCAGUCUUCCAUGCUCAUAAUUUAUAACCAGCUUUCUUGGUUGUUCUUUCUCUUACGUGCAAUUAACAGUUCUCCAGUUCAGCCACAUUCAGCCUGACUCCUUGUUCUUCAGUUUGACUGAAACUACUAAGCCGGAGACUGCAUGGAAAACAUUCGCUGUGAACAUAAUCUCAGUUGUUUUUCCCUCAUAUGACUCUGGCAACAUAUAUAAUGUAUGCAGAAACACAUAUGCACCCAGACUAGCAGCUCCAGCGUCUGAACCUCUAGCCUGGAGGGUCAGAGGACGAGAGAUGGGUGGUUGCCAGAAGAGCCGCGAGCAUCCUGUGUUGGGUAUGGAGCUGUGAAUGCCCGCGAUGUGGGCCUGAUUAAUUAGCCUGCGUGGAGACGCCGUACCUCCUGUUUACUCCCCGUGUCAAUACUCAUCAUCGCUGGCUGCAGCCCCAGUGAAGAAUCACAAACACCCUGUCUGUUAACUCCCAUACAUAUGCAUAGACCUGGAGCUGUUUUUCAGCACUGCGGAACAUAUAUCAGGGCUGUUACGGGCUGUCGGUGGAAGGGGCUGUUGUGGGUUACUGUGGCUUUUUGCUUUUAUUUUGCUUUUGUUUGUUUUGUUUUGUUUUAUCAGCCCCCUUUGUUUGCACGGUCAAAAAAAUAUAUAUCUAAAAAAUUAUUGUUGUCAUCCAUAACCAAUAAUAUAUGUAUAAUAAAUUUACAACGUUUUAUAUAUAUAUAUAGUGAGAGAGAGAGAUUGAAAAUUGUAGUAAAGUACAGAUAUAUAUACACACACAUGCACAUAUAUAAAGGAAGAUUCCAGGUGAGUAUCUCUAUCUCACACAAUAUAUGUCUUAUGUCAUAUACAGCAGGUUCAGUGUGUACUCCAUUACAUUAUUUUCUUGCAUGUGCUCUGGUUUGUUGUUUGUUUGUUUUGUUUUUUUAACACAAAACACCACCACUGCAUCUUUUUUAAUUUAUUUUUUUAACACAAAACUCCUCCCACUGCCUCGGCUGCCAGUGGAACCUGUGGAGGUGCCAGCAUGUCUCCAUGCUCUGCUCAGAGUGGAGGCCUCACCUCCACCUCCCUGUCACCGGGCUCACACUCCACCCCUAUGCUUCCGUUCGUCCCGUUUACGCGCCCUAAGGUUGUUGUUACAGACCCUCCAAAACUGUGUCAGGGGAUCAAAUACCCAAGCAAACACUGGUUAGCCAGAUCAGAGCCUAGUGUGCACAUUUAAUGUUGACACUGGAUUUAAUGUUGAUACUGGAUUUAGCAUUUAAACUGGAUUUAAUGUUGACACUGGAUUUAGAGUUGACAUUGAAUUUAAUGUUGACACUGGAUUUAAUGUUGACACUGGAUUUAGUGUUGAUACUGGAUUUAAUGUUGACACCGGAUUUUGGUAAGGCUUUUUUGGUACUGCCUUGUGGCACUGAAUGUUAAAAAGAAAUAAAAGUGGAAUUGAACUGUAUUAUGUUAAAUUGAAUUGAAUAAAAUUCAAACUUGCAUUUGAGUGAACUGUAA